AUGAAAGCAGGCAAGCCAAACCAAACAUAGCAAGGGGAAGCAAAGGCAAACUCCAACCAAAUGGGCACCAAACUGGUAAAGGGAUAGGCUGGUAUAUAGGGAGACUAGGUGGCCAAGCGAGAAGGACAGCCAAGCGGGGAGACACAGCAACCGCGAGAACAAGAAGAAACUCCACUCCGUUUCAUAUAGUGGGAGCUAGCUAGAUAAGAGUAGAUAGAUAGAUACACAGGGAGCUAGCUAGCGGAGGAAAGCACAGGAAUCAAACAAGUUUUUGUUUACUGUGCGGAUCGAUCUUUCCCUGGCUUGCAAGCAAAGGCCGGCCGGCCGGGGCGGCGCGCGGUAAGUUUCCUUUAAAGCGCGGCAGCGGGAAGCAGGAGUCGGCCCAGCAUGCAGCAGCGGCGCAAGUCGGUGUUCGGGUCGGCGCCGUACGCGAUGAAGCAGGCGGCGCUGGGCGCGGGCGUGGCGGCGCGGAAGAACGGCACGCCGCUGUCGAUGGCGGCGGUGGUGUUCUCGCUGUUCGUGUUCGCGACGUUCCUGUACAACGAGGACAUCAAGUCCAUCGCCGACUUCCCCUUCAGCGCCGGCGCGCUCCGGGCCAAGUCCCCCGACCUGCACCUCCUGCAGGAGGCCGAGGCCGCCGCGCACCAGGCCGUCACCACCCUCGCCAGGCGCGGCGAGGAGGUCAUCGUGCGCGUCCUCGACGCGCCCGCCACGGCGACCCUUCGGCCGGCGGCCAACGGCAGCAUCACCGGGACGGUGGUGGUGGCCAGGGCCAAUGCCGCCCUCGCCAAAGCCAACGCCAACGCGGCCGCGAAGGAGGAGGAGGGGCAGGAGAAGGACAGGGACGUGACGCUGCCUAGAGUGCUGGGAGGCGGCGGCGCGGAGGAGGCGAAGCGGCGGGAGGACGAGGAGGUGGCCGAGAGGGCCUCCACGGCGAAGGCCGCCGCGGCGACGGCGGCGCUGCGGACGGUGGUGAGCGUGCCGGAGACGUGCGACCUGUACCGCGGCGGCUGGGUGCACGACGAGGUGAACGCGCCGGUGUACAAGGAGGCGCAGUGCGAGUUCCUGACGGAGCAGGUCACCUGCAUGCGCAACGGCCGCCGCGACGACUCGUACCAGAAGUGGCGGUGGCAGCCCACCGACUGCGACCUCCCGCGGUUCGACGCGCUGCUGCUGCUGGAGCGGCUUCGCAACAAGCGGCUGAUGUUCGUGGGCGACUCGCUGAACCGAAACCAGUGGGAGUCGAUGGUGUGCCUGGUGCAGUCGGUGAUCCCCAAAGGCCACAAGACCCUCACCAAGUUCGUCAACAAUGGUUCCAGCAACAUCUUCUACGCCCAUGACUACAACGCGACAGUAGAGUUCUACUGGGCGCCGUUCCUGGUGGAGUCCAACUCCGACAACCCCAAGGUGCACAGCGUCCCCAACCGCAUCAUCCAGUGGCACUCCAUCGCCAAGCACGCCCAGAACUGGGUCGGCGUCGACUACCUCAUCUUCAACACCUACAUCUGGUGGCUCAAUGAGCUCAACAUGAAAGUCCUGAAAGGGUCAUUCGAGGAGGGCGCUACCGAGUACGAGGAGGUCGACCGGCCCGUGGCGUACAGCCAGGUGCUCAAGACAUGGGCAAAGUGGGUGGACCGCAACAUUGACCCCAACAGGACCACUGUCUUCUUCAUGGGCAUGUCACCCAACCACAUCACGCCGGAGGCGUGGGGCAACCAGGGCGGCAUCAAGUGCGCGAUGGAGACGCAGCCGAUCAGCAACCGGAGCGCGACGCUGGACGUGGGCACGGACUGGCGCCUCUACGCCGGCGCCCAGGACGUGCUGCGGACGUUCCGGCGCGUGCCCGUGCACUUCGUCGACAUCACGGCGCUGUCGGAGCUGCGCAAGGACGCGCACACCUCCGUGCACACGCUCCGGCAGGGGAAGCUGCUCACGCCGGAGCAGCAGGCCGACCCCAGGACGUUCGCCGACUGCAUCCACUGGUGCCUGCCGGGACUCCCCGACACCUGGAACCAGUUCCUCUACGCCCACAUCGUGUCCAGGCCCUGGACGACUGCAUCCACUACUGAAGCGUAG